AUGAUCAUCACCAAAUCUUACAUCCGGUUAGGUCUAAUGAUAAUCAUCUUACUGCUAAUCGGCUCAGUUCAAAGCAAUAAAGAUCACAGAUGUCGCCGACCAGUUUUAAAGAAUUGUGAUACUUCAGAGACUUAUAUACCGGGCUGGAAAUUUACCGGAUGGUACUACGACACAGAGAUGAGAGCGUGCCGACCUUUGUUCACGAAGAAUGGAUGGCACAUUUGCCCCGAAAACUAUCAUCUGCCAUACACAAGAGAAACGUGCGAAGAAUUAUGCGCUGACCCGUGUAUCAUGACUACAGGUGCACCAGGCAUUUGCAUGUUUAAUGAAAUAUGCAAGAUGUAUAAUCAUAAACCUCCCAAUUACAAGACAUGCGGUAAUGACAACUUAAAUUGCUGUCCCAAGAUACCAGACAGACACUUGAAAUCAUUUGGAGGGCCGCAUGAUGGAAGAGAUGGGAUCGUUGAAGUCGGAGUCGUUAAAAACAUCCAUGACCCACAGUAUCCACCUGAUGCAUUCAGUUACAUUUUCUUUCUUCCUAGUCAUUUUAGUAAGGAUGGCAAAAACUACUAUUAG